AUGCAGGCCGGGAACUCGGCGCAGAAAUCGCAGGGGUCACUGCAGCAUUCGCGAAACUCCUUAGGAAUCAAAAGACCUGUAGCAUGCCAAAGAUGCCAUGCUCAAAAGGUUAAAUGCUCUGGCGGAAGACCCUGCUCCCGAUGCCACAUGGCGAGACGUGGGAAUGAAUGCAGUUACGUAUUCCGCGACCGCAAAGUGCGCAUUGACGAAAGUUAUCUGGAACAAUUGAUUCGAGACAGUGAAGAGCUGCGUCAGCACCGACUGAGGUCCAAAAGCCGUGUCCUCCCCACCAUAAACCAGCACCCUUUUUCAACAGAAGGAGGCGACACAAAGACUCGGAAUCCGCUGCUUGAAGACCGGCCGUGGUUUCAGGCCCAUGAGGGGUUGGCACUUCCCAUUUAUGUUAGCGAGGCAGCAUGUACGGGCUUCGCCACAUGUCUGUGCCAAUGCCUCGACGGCAACAAAAGCGCAGUGCCGCAUAUUCCCCGCACGCGAUUUAUCACAGAAUCAACCCUCAGCCAAGUGGCCCAUUCUGGGAUCCAAUGGCCCAGUUUAGCCCGUGCUCGGUUGCUGGUCAACACCGCGCUGGGCCACGCAAACCCACCCUUUCAUCUCGCCUUACGGAAAUCCACCCUCGACCACCUCCAACACAUCUACGAGCAAGGUCUCUUCAAUGACCCGAUCUUUUUGUGCAAGUACUUUGCUCUUUUUGCCUUGGGGGAAGUCUACUCAUUCCACAAUGAUGGAGGAGAAAAGGGCACAGUGCCAGGGAUGGCCUACUAUGCUCACGCCAUCGGUCUGAUGCCCGUGCUACCAGAGCGACCUACCAUCAUCCACAUCGAGGCUCUUCUGAUAUUGGCGCUCUAUAACCAGUCCCUCAACCGACAGCACUCCGCCUACCUCAUGGUCGGCAACGCACUGCGCUUCGCUCUGCUCGUUGGCUUGAACCACAACAUCCCGGUUACCCAAUGCCCUGAUCGGAUUGCGCGAGAACAUCGUGUGCGUUUGUGGUGGACAAUCUACGUCUUUGAUCGGUCCUGGAGCCUUAAGCUAGGCCUGCCAGUGCAGAUCAACGAUGAAGCUAUCCACGUUGACCUGCCCACGAACCUCGACUCCGAGAAUUACCACAACGAGUUCGUUGACAGCUCAUACCAAGUCGCAUUCGUCAGACUUGCCCGAAUCUGCAGCACAAUCAUGCACACGAUCUACAGCCGCAGCAACUUCACCGAGACCAAUGGACGCAAUCCCUACCCGACCACCUCCGCCUCCAUACCGCCAGGCACAAUCCCAAAUGCACCAUUCUCAUCCAUCUCCCGUUAUAACCGAAAGCUGACCCAUUCAACACAGUGCGUCAUCCUCGCCAUCCGCCCAAUCCUACUCACUUUCCUCGACCACCUUGCGCCAACCCCCGUUCCCGAUGAGCCCGCCAUCCCUGCAACCCUCGCCGCUCUCAAAGACGCAUGCAUUCAUUCCGCCCGCCACACUCUAACCCUCUGCAUGAACGAAUGGACGAACGGCGCCUCCUCGACCUACGGCUACGCCUUCGCGCAGUACAUCUUCACUGCCGCCCUGAUUCUGCUCAUCUCAAACCUGCUACCAGGUGGCACAGCAGAGGACCUCACAUGCGUGGAGGCCGCCAUCGAGAUGUUGAGCUCCUUGGUCGCGAAUGGCACCCUCGUCGCGGAUGACCUGUUCCAUCAUCUUGUGCGGGCGCAGCACUGUCUGCGGAGUGGACGGUUUGCACCGCGGGUGGCGAAGCAGCAGGGGUUAUCGCUUUCCGCCGCUUCUCCUUCGGUACAUGCUCCAUCCCCUGCAGUGCUUUCCUCCGGUGGACAGGCUGACUGUCUCCCGAGUACGUGUCAUUUCGAUGCUGGAGGCGCAGCGGCAGAGUCCGCUUAUAUGGUGCUGGAUCAGCCGCUCAUGCAGGAUUUCCUGACGCAUGGUGUCGAGGAGUUUGGGUUAUUUGAUGCGGGGGAGAUGGCCGGGUUAGGAACGGAUCUCUGGCCUGGUUUGCCACUGUGGGCUGCUUGGUAA